CCAGAAUGUCAGAAUCGUGCAAUUCCCUAACGGUAGUUUUUACUGAUUCCCCGAAAAUCGAUGAUCACCUAUUUGCCAAGGCAAUCCGCUGGGCGGACCAGAAUCCGGAUGAUACGAUUUUCUGGGCGAGACGGAAAGCGUUGGAGAGAAUCCCUGAAAUCGACGUGGAGUUCUCGAUGAAAGCUGGCGCUCUGCGAAGAAUUCGCUUUGGUUACAGUUCCAAGAAGCUUCUGCAAGGAUGUAUCGACAUAGCGCUCAAAGCAAGCAUCGGCUCUGAAGUCGCAGCGAUUUUCUGCUCAAUGAGCAUCCCGCAGGACUGCCCGGAACUCGGUUGCCUUCUCGCCGCACUCGCCAAUUUUUGUAAUGUAGAUGACGGCCGCGCGGUCGUCGUGAUUGAUUUGAGAGAUGAUAAUGAUGAUGAGAAGCAGGAAGGAGUUGAGGAAUCUGAUCCAUUUGAGAAUGCGAAUUUUCUGGAGGAAGAAAUCGUGGAAAAUCCAAAGGAAUUGAGUAAUGAGCCUCGCGAAACUCAAACUCAAGAAGAAUUCCUGGAAAAGCUCAAGCGAGUCGCAUCAAUCUACACAAAGAAUGUGCUAUUGUUUGAUGGAAACGAAGAAAAAUUUUCAAAUUGUUUUUAGACUUUUAUUAAGGUUUUUAUUAAAUGAAUUUUCAAAAUUUA